GAGCAAGUUUUUUUCUCCCUCGCUUCCCAACGGGCGCCUUCCCCUGUUCCUGCUGCCUAUCCGCCGCAUCUCUCAACCACCACCACCUCCUUCUCCUCCUCCUCCGACAAAAACACACACAGCCAUGAGUGACUGGGACAACGUUACCGUCAUCCGCAAGCGCGCCGAGACCCCCAAGACCGUCAAGUCCGAUGCUGCCCUGAAUGCCGCCCGUCGCUCCGGUGCCAGCAUCGAAACCGCCAAGAAGGGCAGCGGCUCCAAUGCCACUGCCGUCUACGACGCCGGCAAGAUGGCCAAGGUCGACAACGAGACCGAGGACUUCCACGUCGAGAAGGUGUCCAUGUCCGUGUCCAGGGCCAUCCAGCAGGGUCGCCAAGCCAAGGGUCUGACCCAGAAGCAGCUUGCCACCAUGAUCAACGAGAAGCCCACCAUCGUCAACGACUACGAGGGCGGCCGAGCACCCAACCCCAACCAGCAGGUCCUUGCCAAGAUGGAGCGUGUUCUUGGUCUCAAGCUCCGAGGCAAGAACAUUGGCGAGCCGCUCGGAUCCAAGUAAAGAACGGUCUUUCCCAUCACGGGGCGUCCCUCGACGCCUUGCAUAUCCGGGGUCUCUCUCCCUUCCCUCCUUGCCCCCCUCCCACCGACGCUCUGCUCUGCUCUGCUCUGGAUCUAUUAUCGCUCCUUUCGUUCUGGCUUCUCUAAUCUGGCAUAUAAAGUCCACUCCACCCACCCAUAUGUAAAUAGCAUCGCAUCGCUAUGCGGGCGCCAUCGCUUGCGCUUCUGUCCGAUCCCUCUCACCGUCUGGUUGUGUAUCCACGCAGCUCUCUUCUCCCUUUCCCCUUCAACCGGUAGUUGCCUUCCCGUUCCCCGACUCUCUUGAUGGAAGAUUAGUUUCUCUUUUCUCUGUUGCGUCGCACGGGCCUGGCUUAUCUGGCGGGCAGUUGAAUACAACUUGUUCGGAACGAAA